GAAAUUGCUAUAAUGUUUUUCCAUUUCCCAUUUCUACUGAGUUUGUUUCUUCUUCGUGGGCACUGACCCAUAGAGAACAACAAGCUUUAGACCAAAAUGUUUGUCUCCUCUGUUUUUGUGACACUGUAUUCCAUCUAAGAGUGAUAACCAGCAUUUUCAUAGUUGAGUUGCUUCCACUUCUUCUUUACUUCAAGAUGAACACUGUGUCAAUCAUAUCUGUAUACAGUUGGAAAAGAAAAAAAACAACCAAUAUUGAGCUGAGUCAGCUGUAUCUGUGAUCUGCUCUAAAAUAUCCAGGGCUUGUUUUCGUAAUUGUAGAUGAGGAAACAAACAUGCACACACCUCAAAUACCCAUAUGCUACAAACACAUAAAUAUAUGCAAGUGCUAAGAUUAAAGCUGCAAUCAUACUUUCUCAGAAGUUUCAGGAGUAGCUUUGACUUCAGUUGUUUCAGAGAAUAUAAAUCUAGCAGACAUAGCUAUACUGUGCAAGAACAGAUAAUCAUCUAGUAUUUCAUAGCACUGUCCUUCAUAUUGAUCUGCAAAGCUGCUAUAGUGUCUUAAACAAAAACGUUCAUCAUUUCUUAUUCAGGAAGCUGAUUUAAACAACAGUAAGCCUUAAAUUUUGCUUUCUUCCUUGCAUGUACAUUGCUCAUUAGGCCUUUCCAAAGAAGGCAGGCUUCACUUUUUGGUUGGUUGGUUUUUGUUUUGCUAUUAUUUUUUUUCUAAUUAACAUCUUUUCUUUUUAAGCACAAAUCUGAAAUAACCAUGAACUGACCCAUAUGUCAUCAUGCUGUUUGGUAUGACAGGUUAAGUUUUACAAAGUAGGUGUUACACUGAAAAAAUAAUUGGUAAGAUUCUUGAUUGACCUAGGAAAAAGAAAGACAGUCGAAUUGUAAAUGCAAUUCACUGAUGGCAGUGGUAAAUUUUACCUUAUUUAAAGCUGCAGUUUCCCAUUUGCUUUAUUAGCUGCUCCUUCAGCCUCAGUGGCUAAUAAAAGUCAGUUCUGCAAGCUUUAUUAGCCAGGGAGAGACAUGGGUGACAGAAUCAGUGUCGUUUUAUCAAAAAGAAUCCACAAAUUACUCUCUCUCAGUUUAGGAGGAUUCAAAGGACAGAAACGGCUCGUAACUCCAAACACUGCUCGGCCACCAGCCAAUCCAGGAGAGUUCUUCAGGGAUUUUUUCUCUUACGAUCUCAUAAUUACCAUCUCUCUUGAGAAUAUACAGCAACUUUCUAUUCUUAGUUUAUUUCUCCUCUCUCUCACACACACAUGCACAUACUUCCUACUCAAAACAAGACUCAGCAAAACCCUCUGCCCACAUAGUUCUAAUUCCCAGGAGGACUUUCAUAUGCUUUUGUUUUGGGCAGUGACAAUGUGCAUAUGUUUUGAUUUCAGGCCCCCUAUUGGUUCUUGCACUUCAGUUUAAUGAAGACAGACCAGCUUUAAACUCACUGCCUCAAGAUUUCCUUUGACAUUUUAAUUUGGACUGAAGUUUUGCAAUGUGUUGUCCAUUCAAUCGUACCAAGUAAAUAUUUUGCUUUAGCAAAUACAUAUUUUCCUGUUAAUGUUUAUUUUUAAAGUGUAAGGAGCUUGGGGAGUUUAAUAAAUAAUGUACAAUAAAGCUGAAGAUGAGUAAAUUAGGUAAGUGCUGUGAGGAAGAACAGGAAAGUUACCUCUACGUAUUUAUAGAUAAUAUGAAACUAACCCUAACACUGAAUAGAGUGGAAAUGGACAGGUACGUGUUUUUAGCUCAGUAGCUCUUCACGAUUAAAGAGAGUUACAACAGUGAUAAGAAUACAAUAUCCACAGACAUACACUAAAAGUGACCCAACUAGUUUUGCUUGCCUGUAUAUAAACAGUUUUCUGAUGCAAAAUAUUGCUGGAUAUUUUAUUGCUGGACAUUUUGCAAAAGGUUUCUUGAAGCAUUUUCUGUUCUUCCCAAAAUGCUGUUAUUGCAUGCCCCAUUUGAGGUAGCCUUCUGCCUUUAAUAUGGAGGUGUAACAAUUUGUUUUGAAAGUUCCGGGGGACAGAAAUCAUUCCUCUAGUGUGAAUCCCAACCCAUCUGAGCUUUAUGAAAACAUUUUCUUCAUCCAAUAGAAAUCUGCAUGCUUCAGAAUGGUUUGAACCGAAAAAUAGAUGCCCCAGAUGAGGAAGUUUGCCACAGAUGCACGAACUACUGUUUGAAACUGCAAGUCGACAAGAUUUCACCUUUUGGAGCAUGGAUUCAAAUUCCAACAUUGUGGUUGUAACUGGUUUUGGUCCCUUUAGACAAUACCUGGUUAAUUCUAGCUGGGAAGCAGUGAAGGAGCUGUCUAAGAGAGGCCUUGGAAAAAACAUAGAUCUUCGUAUCAUGCAGCUACCAGUGGUUUACCAAAAAGCAAAGGAACAAAUCUUCAGGAUAUGGACAACUCUUCAUCCAAUACUUGCUGUUCACGUUGGGCUGGCUUCAUCUGCCAAAGCAAUCAUCAUCCUUGAGCAGUGUGGGAAGAACAAAGGCUAUGAAGAGAUGGAUGCUUGUGGUUUUCACCCAGAAGGUGGCUGUUGCAUGCUAGAUGGUCCGGAAAAGAUUGAAUCUACAAUUAACAUGAAGACUAUCUGGAAAAAUAUUUCAGUGGAAGGAAUUGAUAUUAUCUUUUCCAGAGAUGCGGGAAGGUACAUCUGUGAUUACACCUAUUACACUUCCCUGUAUUACGGCAGUGGAAGAGCAGCUUUCAUCCAUGUGCCUCCAUUAUCAAAGUCGGUAACAGCAGACUCUCUAGGAAAAGCAUUACAGACAAUUAUCUUAGAAAUGUUAAAACAGGGUGGGGAACAGAGAGAGUAAGAUGGAACAAAAGAAAAAAGGAGCUUUCUUAAAAUGGAAUUUCUUAUCUCUUAGAAGUAGCAAAUCUAAUGAUUAUUUAAAGCCCUUAAAGAUUUUAUUCCAAGUUAUUUUCAGGGAAAUCUUACAAAAACCAAACAACUGUUUCCAUCCCUGCUAUAAAAAUCUUGAGGGGAAAAAAAAAAACAACAAAAAAAGUGACAGUUUGUAACACUAAGAUUGCUUCAGAUUUAAGAAAGUGCAAAAAAA